CUUCCGGUCGACGGCCGGUAUGCGUGCACGAAACGGCCGUGGAUAAUCGGACAAAAUUUCGGAUUUUUUAGAAAGUGUUUUGGAUCAAAAAUUUGUAAACAGCUGAGAACGACUGAUCACAAACCCUGGAACCACAGAUAACUUCAGUAUGGACAUGAGGCAGGCCUACAACCUAUGGAACCAGCAGACAAGCAGAACUUGAUGUUUGAGCGUAGACAAGCAGAACUUGAUGUUUGAGCGUAGACAAUAGACCAAAUCUCACCCCUUUGUGACAAGUCAGUCGAAGGAAACACCGGAAGCACUGAGCAACAAACAAACAGGGUUGUCUAACUUGGGCUUCGACAUGAAAUCCAACAUGAAAUGAGCUGUUGUUUUUGUUGUUGGAUAUGGGGAAGUCUAGAGAGUUAUGCCCUGGAUAAUCUCUUUCACUCUUCCCUAAUUGGUUGGAGAGAGAGACUCUUUUGAACAGGAAGUAAGAGGGCGGGCCCAGGCACCAGGCCCAGGAAGGAAGCUAGUCGGUUUGCGGCAAGGACAACUGAACCUUGGUCUAUCGCAGUGGGUAGAGAUAAUGAUAAUCACAACUAGAUUGUGGAUGUGACAUGCGCACAAUGGCCGCUCAGGGAAGAAGCAGCGUGUAUCCGGCCUACAUGCACAACAGUGUGGUGUCGCAGCCCAGCAGCACACAGUCCCACUUGAUUAAGAGUGUCAGACAGGGUGCGACACAGAUGGCAGAGUACUACCACAGCACCAUGGUGCCCAACGGACGGGUUUCCCCACCCCAGACCAGGGACACCAAAGACAAGUACUACCCUGCCCCGCAGUCGGAAGUCCGACGGAUCCCCAGCAUGGACGACCCGCUAAGAAACAAACCCCAGGACGAAAUGGACCGAUACACCCACAGCAGCAGUAACAGCAGUAGCAGUGGCUUGCCCUCGGGACAAUUCUUAGCCACUCCGGUGAAAGUCGAGGACAAGUAUGAUGGUAAUUAUGAAGACGUUAGGCUGGGGCAAGGGGCUGAGGUGAGACCAGCUCUCCCUCAGGAAUCCCGGACUAGUACGGCAACCAGGGUCCAACUGAUGAGGAAUCAGGACCAGAUAAGCACUCCUACGGGUAACAGGAGUCAGUUCUGGCGUGAAGGAGUACCGGAUGAAAAAAGGACUCGGUCGACAGGUAGCCCACACCGUCGGCACAACACCAGCCCGGACAACAAGUACUUUGUGUCUUCACAGGGACACGUGGAGGCUUCCCGACAAGCCACCUUGACGACGGAUAACUUGCGGAGCAUGGCGCGUGGGGAACGCGUGCAGCUCCGGCGCAGCAACAGUAACUCCACCCUCAACGAAAUCACCGACAGAAUGGAAUACCACCACAAUCCCUUACUGCCGCGUCGCGAGUAUGGCAGUACGUCGUCAGUAGACGUGCAGAGUGUUAGCGGAGAGAGCUUCUUCCAAAUGCUGCAGGACUACCGGGCGGACACAGACCAAAGAAGCCCUGCACCACCGCAGUUCAACAGACUGCUUCAGGGAAAAGUGAACAGCUCUCUUCCCUUCACCAACUCGGAGAAAGCCACACCUGCUGUCUCUAAACAGUCCAACAAUGCUGAGAAAUCAGGGAGUAAAGAACUCUUGACAUCCAAGGACAGCGUCGACAAUACUGACUUUGGAGGGAGCCCCAAGGUCUCGCGGAAACAGAGCAAGCGCAGCAAGAAAAACAGAGCCAAAUCCGUGUCAGGGUCUGAUCAGUCCUUCUUCAAGAAGAAGCUGAGGAACAGUGUGAAAGGCAGUGAUCGGGGCGAGGCUCUUGAGAAGACGGGCCGAGCCGCCACUGGCGGGGAGGAGGAGGAGCUGACCUUGGAGGACAGAAUUGAAGAAAGGACCAGGCAGCUUGCUCUCCAACACUAUGACGUGCAGAGUACGUACUUUGACAUGCAGGACGUCAUCAAGAAUAGGAAGAUAACGGGACGCAAGAGGAACACGACAACGGGUGCCUCGGCUGCCUCCAGACACAGUGCCAGCAACACACCCGAGGGGAGCAUAGAAGACCUUCUCAAGGUGGAGACGCUGAAUGACGACGGCGACGGCCGGGGUAAUGUUAUCGUCCACAGCUGCCCCUUCUUCCGCAACGAGAUCGGCAACGAGGUGGAGCCCCGGGUCUCCUUCUCGCGGAUCGGCAUGCUGAACGCCCGGGCCAUGCACCGGGAGAGGCACCGAGCCGUCCUGGAGGCCGGGGACCCGAUGGAGCGGAGGGGAGGAGGAGCAGGGAGUCAGAGCUGGAAGGGCCCCGUGGUGGAGUUUGUGGACCACGGCGCCAUGUACUACCGGAAGUACUUCUAUGGGUUUGAACACCAAAACUUCUUCGGUCUGGACGAAAACUAUGGUCCGCUGGCAGUCAGUAUACGAAGAGAGAGCAGGCUGGAUGAUACAGAUGGCGCAAUGGAGAGUAAAGAUAAAGAUGCCUCGGCCAAGUACCAGUAUAGGAUCAUCAUCAGAACCAGCGAGCUGGUCACCCUGCGUGGUGUCAUCGCUGAGGAUUCCAUCCCGUCCACGGCCAAGCACAAUUCCCCCAAGGGCUUACCCCUCAAGGACGUCCUGGAGUACGUGGUCCCUGAUCUACCCCUGGCUUGCCUCAGGCUGGCCCUCGCCUCCGCUAAGGUCACGGAGCAGCUACUCAAACUCGACGAGCAAGGGGUAAGCACAAAAUACAAGGUGGGCAUCAUGUUAUGCAGAACAGGACAGAACACCGAAGAGGAGAUGUAUAAUAACGAGCAUUCCACACCAGCCUUCGAUGAGUUUCUAGAGUGUAUCGGGGAACGGAUCAGACUGAAAGGGUUUGACAAGUACAGGGCUCAGCUGGACAAUAAAACCGACUCCACUGGUACCCACUCAGUGUACGCUACAUACCAAGGCCACGAGAUCAUGUUCCACGUGUCCACGCUGCUGCCGUUCACCGCCAACAACCGGCAGCAGUUGCUGCGCAAGAGGCACAUCGGCAACGACAUUGUCACCAUCGUGUUUCAGGAGCCCGGCGCCGAGCCGUUCACGCCCAAGACGAUACGCUCCCAGUUCCAGCACGUGUUUGUGGUCGUGCGGGCCAUUGACCCCAACACGGACAAUGUGUUCUAUUCUGUUGCCGUGACGAGAUCCAAGGAUGUAGCAGCAUUUGGUCCUCCACUCCCCACUAACGCGACAUUCCCCAAAGGACCAACCUUCACUGAAUUCCUCCUUGCCAAACUCAUAAAUGCAGAGAACGUCGUCCACAAAUCUGAGAAGUUCAUCGCCAUGGCGACCAGGACGAAAUGCGAAUACCUGAAGGACCUGGCCGAGAACAGCGUGACAACGGCCACCGUGGAGUCCGGGGCAAAGUCCAGCAAAUUCAUCCUGUCCCACAAGAAGAAAGAGAAGACGUGCCCGAACCCGGCGCCCGAUGUCCAUUGCAAGGGGGCCCUCGUGUGGCGAGUUGAGGUCUAUCUUUGGUCCCCCAUCUGGACUGACCAGGACGAUAAGGUGACACGAAAAAGAAAAAAAAAAUAUUCCAAAAAAAUUUCAUUUUGUGUGGUGGUUUAUCGCACCCCCUCUUCCCUUGCUGUUCUGUUUGUUGCAUGGAACGGUAGCAUGCUUCACGACACAUGUGAAACUGGGUGUGUUAAAAACAACGCAAACAAAAACAUACACGCCCACACCCCAGCAUUUGUGUUUGUUUUACAUAUGCUUGAAAAUAUUUGUUUAGAGAUUGGAAUUCGGUUGAUUGUCACAGUUUAAAGUCAUGUCCGAGAUA